AGCAACUUCACUCUGACGAUCAACGAUCUGAGAGAGAGUGAUAAAAACAGUUACUGUUGUAGUGACAAAGAAAGUGAAUGCCAGGGGYGAGWAAUUCAGCUCCUUGUUGCAGACCUGCAGGUCAAGGUGCUUCCUGCCAGAGGAGAAAAGACAGUGUCACUGAUGUGCAGCAGCAGUUGUCCUCUGACUGAAAGCCCUGCAAACUAUAUCUGGUACAAGAACAGAGAGUUUCUCUAUCASGACUGGUCUCCUUGGUACCAGGAGCUAAUCAGCAGCYAGGAAGCAGACACAUACUCAUGUGCUCUCAAAGGCUACGAGCAUCUCAGAGCCCCUGAAGUCUCCGUGGACUCUCUCACAUCAGCCUGCUUCACUGUGACCUAUGCUACAGGCAGAAUGUGCUCAUWUCAGCAGAGACCAGAAGAUGAGCCGUGCUCCAUCACAUAUCCCAGAGAAUUACAUGUUCAAAAGACUGAAGCAAAGAACCAUUUCAAACUGGCCUGUAACACCAGCUGUCCACUGACUGAAGCUCAAACCAUCACAUGGUACAAAAACAGACYAUUGGAUGUGGCARCACAGUCCKCAGUUCRCAGCUCCUCUCKMGACAUUUACUCCUGUGCUGUAGAGGACUUGCUCUCAGAUGAAGUUUGUGUUCAGGAUCCAAAGUGCCUCAGAGUGAGUUAUGUCAACAGGAGGAUCUGUGCUCUGAGAGGUUCCUCAGUGAACAUCUCCAGUGAAUACUCGAAUCCUUACAACCAGACGUCAAUGUCUAAAUUGUGGUUUAAGAAGAGGAGAAGUGAUGUGGAGGCUGGUGAGCUGAUGAAGAGUACAGAUCGUAUUAAGUUUAAAGACACAGUGAUGAACCACCACAUCCUGACAAUCAAUAAACUGAACAAGAAUGACUCAGCAGAAUACAUAUUCAGAACAGAAGGAGAUGCAGGGAAAUGGUCGGCUCUUCCUGGAGUGACUUUGGUCGUCACAGAGCUGAGAGUGAAGUUUACUCCUUCUGCAGAGGUGACCGAGGGACAGAGAGUCACGCUGACCUGCAGAACCAGUUGUCCUCUGWCGGACAACAUGAACUACAUUUGGUACUUGAACAAUCAAACUGUGAAUCAGACWAAAAGACAAAGCAAAUACCUGGUUCUAGACCCCGUCAGCAGRGAGCAUGCAGGAAACUACUCCUGCAGGGUUAAAAUGUUCCAAAGGAGCUCUCAUCAUAAAAUGCUCACUGUCCACAGAAAACAAGGGGCUCAAGCAGCCAUAGGAAUAGUUGCUAUUCUCCUGGUUAUAAUACCCAUCAUCGUCUUCUUGUGGAUUAGAAGAAAGAAGACUUCCAUCCAGUCUCCUAGAACUGAGACCUCUGACAACUUGGAGCAGAUGAGCRCUGGUCKUGUMUACGARGACAUCUCAGCUCAACCAACAGAGAYGGAGGACAUUCUCUAUYGCAGCYUCCAGUUCACCAWCAACACAGAUGCUCUCUACUCUGAACUCCAGCCACACCAGCCAACAGAAGAAGAACAGACGCUUUAUGCUGUUGUCAACAUUAGACCCAAAACAAACCCUGAGUAA